CGGAAGACGAGAAGAAUUGAAUAAUUCUUAGAUCAACUUUUGAGACGCUUGUGUGAAAAUACUAGAACCAGAACGGUUAGUAACGGUAUCCUUUCUAGUUUUCAUGCGGCAUAUCAUAAAAAAGUACUUCAAUCAUAUGUGCAUUUGUACUGUAUCAAUUUCAACUGUCCAUAUGCGUUGAAAAGAUUUUUAUUACCCUUCAACAUACAUUUGCAGGACAAACAUUAUGUCUGAGUGAGCUGGAGUAAGUUGUAGUCAUUUUUGUCGUUUAUGACAUUGCACUGCAAUGAACCUUUUUGCAAAAAGUUUACUUGUAAUUAUCUCCCUGGAAAGAAGUUGAAUAUAAGCUAAGUGAGUCAACAAAACACUAUCUCUCUUCUUCUAGUUAGUACGGCCAUGUUACUGCAAAUGUUAACAGGGAAUGCAAAGCCCUGGCCAAACUUAAUUGUACAAUGUCCAAGCUGCAUUUCGUAAGCUUUAAAUGACCCUUGGUACAUCGGUAGCCUUCGGACAUUGUACUUUGGUCAUGAGACGAAGCUAUACUUACAUGACCCAGAUAUAGUUUAUCAACUCAUCUCUCCAGCUAAAAAUCAACCUAACUUUGGUCCAAAAUGAGAGAAAUCUAAUCCAACUUGAGACUAGUCGUAGAAAGAAUCACCACACAGGUAUAUGUAUCUUUAUACUUUGAUUCCGAAACUAGUAGCUGUUCUGUUAGAUCCAUGAUCCGCACACAUGUUUACAUCAUUGGUGGUUAGAUAAUGUUCAUUUGCAUAGCUUGUCAUGUCUACAAACAUCAACUGAAUCAUCAGGUAUGUAGACCGCCCACUGGGAAACAUACAACCCUUACAAAGCCUGACACACUUUAAUCUGACCCGGCAGGUCAGGAUAGAACACAGCCAUGGCCCUCCUGCCUCAUCCUCUGCUCGUAGUUCUGGCAAUACUGGGUUGUAGUACCUGCGGGGGGAGUGCGCCGGAUGGUCCGGUCGUUCAGACGUCGCAGGGCCCUGUCAUGGGAAUCUAUGCCGAGGAGGGGAGAAUCUUUUACGGUAUCCCCUUUGCAGCUCCUCCAACGGGAAACCUAAGAUGGCGCCCGCCCCAGCCUGCUAAACCAUGGGGACCUGACACCUAUAAUGCCACCAAACGGAGUCCGAUGUGCAUCCAGGUUAUGUGCGGGCCCGAUGAUCCGGAUUCUAUUGCCCAAUGUCCCCCUGUCGCGGAAAGGGUAAUAAGCGAGGACUGCCAUUACCUCAACGUUUUCGUACCGACCACCGCCAGCCCUGAGUCAAAGAAACCAGUCAUCAUCUUCAUCCAUGGGGGGAAUUUCUUUGAAUUCUCCGCCAUGGGUGUCAUGUAUGAUAGCAGGUUCUUUGCUAACAAGACUGACGCUGUUGUUGUGGCAGCCAACUACCGAAUAAGCUCUCUGGGCUUCCUCCGGGCGGGGACUGGGAAGGACGCCGCCAUGGGCAACUACGGCCUCCGCGACCAAGUAGCAGCGCUUCAGUGGGUGCAGGACAACAUCGCAGCCUUCGGCGGAGACGAGAACCAAGUCACACUGUUCGGGGAAAGUGCGGGCGCGUACUCCGUUCUAUUCCACCUGGUCAACAAAGGAAGCGACAAGCUGUUCCACAAAGCUAUCGUGGCAAGCGCACCUACAGGCCUUUACUUCAGAAGUCAGCUGGAGGCUAUCCUGUUUGGAAACGACUUUGCCGCAGCCCUGAAAUGUUCAGUCGGAGACAUGGCAUGCAUGCGAGCAGCUGACGCCUCCACGGUCAAGGGAGCCCAGUUCUCUAUUCGAGAAACGAUCGUCAAUCCGCUGCACUUAACUGAAGCAUUUGAACCAUGGGGACCAGUAAUUGAUGGUGACAUGAUCACCAGGCAAAUGGUGGAAAGCUUCUCUACUGGAAACUUUCAGAAGAAGCCUCUCAUCAUUGGAACAAACACGGAAGAGGCAAUUCUCUUCAUACACGAAGCUUUAUCAUCACCCCAUGCAACAAAUAGAUAUCAAGAAGCAAUGCUGGCAAUCUUUAAGACGUCAAGCUUCUCAGUUCUCAGGGAAUACCCACCUUCUAAUACAGGAGACGAGCGUCCGAUCCUGGCAACACUGACCACCCAUUUCAUAUUCUCAUGCCCGACGCGUAACAUUCUGAAGAGCGCUCUGAAGUACGGCCAUUCGAACACAUGGCUGUAUGUCUUUGCUCAUCCCCUGUCAGUCCAUGCAGUUUGGAGUGACUACCCGUACUGCGAUGGCCACGUCUGCCAUGGCGCCGAUCUACCCUUCGCGUUCCAGUCCAUUUCGCUGAAAGGUUACAAGUUCACCCCUGAAGAGCAGGUCCUAGCUGACUCCAUUGCGUACUACUAUGGAAACUUCGCUCACACAAGCGAUCCCAACACUCCUGGCACCCGACACACCGGCCCAUCUACCACUGGUCCGGCUUGGCCUUCUUUUGGAUCUACCCAGAACUACACCCACCUGGUCUUCGAUGUUCCCAAGAACAGAGUUAGUCAAGGCUACCUACAAGACAAGUGUGACUUUUGGGACGAGGAGAACCAGUACCCGUAGCAGCCACGCACAGUAAAAAUGUAACGAGCCACAUUGCCGGUAUGGAUUAUCAUCAAUGUGAAGUCAUGUCCACCAACUUACAUUUUCUUGGAACUGCCUUGAUAGACUUGACAAGGACAAGAAUUUGACUUGUGAGUUGACAUUUUCCCAUAUAUAACAGUUUACUAGUACUGUACUGAUGGCUAUUGUCAAAACGUACUAUGUGCUAUUUCACAGUUCUGAGUGCGCAUGUGCAGGUAUAAUGCAUUGUAGUCAAAAGUCAAAGCUCCUGGCUUGUACAAACCAUUCCUUAGCUACAUGCCAUAGUUUAUCAUGACUGAGCAUGCGCACUCGUAUCUAUGAAUGGCUAAUUCCUGAUAGCAAAACACACAGUGUCCAGAUGACAGCGAGUUUUGCGUAGCUCUUGCUGCAAAAUACCAAUCAUUUGCCAUUAUUUACAAAUCUUCUGUACAUCUCUGAGUGUCUCUUGUCUGCAAAUGUGCUGAUAUGUCUCUCAAUUCUAAACUAAGCUUAAGCUGUGAACAGCCAAAGAAUGUUAAUACUGUUUUUAUAGAACUAAUAUUCCAAAACUCAAAAGUAGCAUAUUUAUAUGAAUAUUACAGAGAUGAUACUGGUUUCAUGGUGUUUGUAUGUGUGGCAUGAAAAUAAAUAAACACGUGUAAGAAAAACACGCAGAAUUGUUAUCAUCCGUGUGUGUACAUUAACCGGUGUCACAGCGACACCCCCCCCCCCCCCGCCAUAUCUCUUUCUCCAUGAAACCAAAUAACAAGCGACCAACCAAGUAACUAACGACUAACGAUGAUAAAUGGAUUAUCAAUGAUUAACCAAAUAACUAGCGAUAAAUUCAGUGAUCUUUUGGACGUUUUUGAAUGAAAUAAAUACAAUUACUAGUAUCAGACAUAAUCAAUUUGCACAUACCUCUAGAAUGAAACUUGCCAAGUGACCACAAUGUGUUGUUUUGUCAAUCUGGAUAAAGUCAAAGACAAUCUUACUCUGACCUCAUCUUGCGGCCUGACUUAUAUUAACUAUGCAUGAAUAACGGCCUAGUCUGAAAAAUUUAGUCUACGUUUAUAUAUAUACUAAAUUUAGUAUACUUACUGCAGUACCAAGGUCAGUGACCAGGAGGCUAAAAUGGACCUUGAACUACAUUUUUAUGGAGGUAACGCUGGUUCAUCUUUAUCCGAGGGUGACCUAUAUUCGUUGCUUGUAACGUAAACGUAAUGUAAACGCAUUUAUUUAGGGAUAUGAAGUCGACGGACGGUGGUUUCAAAUCGGAACAUUUUGAAAAUAUUGCAAAUUUGAAACCACUGUCCGCAGACUUAAUACUCCUAAAUGUGCUGUUUUCAAAGACAACGGAUAAAGAUCACCCCACGGAUAAAGGUGAACUAGCGUUAAUGAAUAAAAGGUAUAUCGUCUAUCAUCCAUCAUACUAACGGUACGACUGUGAGAAACUGGAGUUUGGUCAUCAACG